CACUUCAACUAUGGCGACCGUCGAAAGGAAAACGAUAGAAAACAUUCGCCAAAUUUCACCAGAAAUGUUAGCCCAAUUAAUUAAUUGCUUCGUUCAUAUUACACUGGAAGAAAAAGAAGAAUUAUCUGGUUGGAUUUGUACGAUUGAUCCUGUAUCUUACACAAUUGUAAUCGCUAAGGACUUAAAAGGGAGUCAUGAAGAAAAUAAAUCGGUAGUGUUUGUAAUGGAAAAAGCUGUAAAGCAAAUUUACGUAGUCGGAAAAGUCGGAAAUGAACCAUCAUGGGUUAAGAAUUUUGCAUUCAAGAAAAAAGCAAAUCAUACAGACGAAGAACUUCGUAAACGCAAAGAGAAAUUAAUCAAAUGGUUAGAGAAAAAUCGUGUGCCAAUUCUUGCUGAUUCGGCAGAAACAGAAAACAUCCGAGUUGUUGGUAGCCUGGUAAUAGAGCCACCUUAUGAUGAAAACUCAUGUGAAGGAACAAAUGAAAUAGUUUUAGCGAGGAUAAGAAAGCUGUUGUGUUCCAUGCCUAUAGAAUGAAGAGGCAGGUUAUUAAAGUUUUCAAAUCUUGGUUGCGAUUUCAAAAGGCGGACUAAAAUUAUUUUUAUACCACGCGCAAAUUGCUAAUUAAACUAUGUCACAAAGUGACAUUUCUUGACAUUUGA